AUGUACCCGAGCAAGGAGGAGUUCCUUAAGAUGCCUGUAGAAGAGAAGCGGAAUUUCUACAAAUGCCGAGGAAAUUAUGUGGGUUUAGGGGACAUCCCAACAUGGUCUACAUUGGCAGAAGAAGGGAAGUUUGACAAGACGAGUAAACGCAGGUACCAACCUAGUCCCAGUCUUAAUGAGAAGGUUUCAGUUUGGCAAGGUGACAUUACAUGCCUGGAGGUGGAUGCUGUCGUAAAUGCAGCUAACGAAUCUCUCUUAGGAGGUGGAGGAGUUGAUGGGGCAAUCCAAUCAGCAGCGGGCCAUCAACUUGUUGAGGAAACAGGGAAACUGGGUGGUUGCCACUGCGGACAUGCCAAGAUAACGGGAGGAUACAAGCUACCUGCCUCCUAUGUUAUUCAUACAGUCGGUCCAAAAGGCAAACAUGAAGCUCAGCUAAGGAGUUGUUACUUCAGGUGUCUGGAGGUCAUGAGAGCGAAUGGGUUAAAAACACUCGCCUUUUCUUCCAUCUCGACUGGAUUAUAUGGGUACCCCAGUGAAGAGGCUGCAGAAGUUGCUUUGGAAGCGGUUAGAGGGUUUCUAGAUCUACAUGGAAACGAAAUACAGCGGAUUAUCUUCUGUGUGUUUUCACAAGAGGAUUAA